AUGGCACCGCAGGCUGCUCACCGCUCUCAUCUCCAAACUGCAGCUGACAUCUCCUGUGACGAUGAUGGACAUCCCAAGAGGACUGGAACCUUGAGGAGUUGUGUCGCUCAUAUAAUUACAGCGGUGAUUGGGUCAGGGGUUCUGUCUCUUGCAUGGAGCAUUGCACAGCUGGGGUGGAUAGGAGGGCCAUUUGCCUUGAUCUGCUUUGCAUUUGUUGGAUACAUUUCAGCAGUGCUGCUGUCUGACUGCUAUAGGUCUCCUCAUCCCGUCACUGGAACAAGAAACUACUCUUACAAGGAUGCUGUCAGGGUUUAUCUUGGUACCAAACACACCCUCUUGUGUGGCUUUCUCCAGUUUGUCAACCUCUACGGCACAUGCAUUGCUUAUGUUAUCACUACUUCAACCUGUAUGAGAGCAAUUCAGAAGUCAAACUGCUACCACAAGGAGGGACAUGAAGCUAAAUGUGCAAGCGGGGAUGGUUUGUACAUGGUGGUGUUUGGAGCAAUUCAGAUUAUAUUGUCUCAGAUACCAGAUUUACAUAGCAUAGAAUGGCUCUCUACUGUUGCAGCCCUAAUGUCCUUCUCUUACUCCUUCAUUGGAUUGGCCUUAGCCCUUGCAAAAGUAAUAGAAAACGGGAGAAUUAAAGGAAGUAUUGGAGGAGUCCCAGCUGCUACAGCAGUUCAAAAACUAUGGCUAAUCUUCCAAGCACUUGGAGACCUUGCUUUUGCAUAUCCAUACUCAAAUCUUCUUCUUGAGAUACAGGAUACUUUGAGGUCUCCUCCACCAGAAAAUAGUACAAUGAAGAAGGCUUCAAUGGUUGCAAUCUCUACCACCACCUUCUUCUACAUCUGUUGUGGGUGUUUGGGUUAUGCAGCGUUUGGGAGCGUUGCGCCAGGGAAUCUCUUGACGGGUUUUGGAUUUUAUGAGCCCUUUUGGCUCGUUGACUUCGCUAAUGCUUGCAUUGUUGUUCAUCUUAUGGGAGGAUAUCAGGUGUAUGGCCAACCCAUCUUUGCAUUCAUGGAAAGAUGGUCAGCCAAGAAGUUCCCAAGAAGCGGAUUUGUCAAUAAAUUCUACACCUUCAAAGUCCCAUUCUUGCCAGCUUUUCAAGUGAAUUUUCUAAGAUUAAGCUUUCGAACUAUUUAUGUUGUGUCAACGACGGGAGUAGCUGUGAUCUUUCCCUUCUUCAACGAAGUUUUGGGAAUGAUAGGUGCAGUCAGCUUUUGGCCUUUGACCGUAUAUUUUCCUGUAGAAAUGUACUUCGUGCGGAAGAAAAUUAGUAGGUGGACAAAGAAGUGGAUUGUUCUUCAGAUAUUUGGCAGCCUGUGCUUCCUUGUCACGAUGAUGGCUUUCAUUGGUUCAGCUGAAGGCGUUAUUAGGGCCAAGUUAGGCUAAUGAAUGUACAUCUUCCUUGUUUUUCUUUUUUUUAUUUUUAUUUUUUUCUCUUUUUAAUUAAAAACUGUCACAAAAGUCUCUGAAAUUUAAUUUUAUUGACAAUAUGAACAUUCCAUUAGUUGACUAAAUCAGUAUUCAAGUAUUUU